AUGCGAGAUAACAAGUUGCCGAAGGAAGGCAAGUAUGAAAUACCAGGGAUUUACUCUGCCCUAGAAUCCCAACAGGAAGGCAAGCUUGAGAUACCAGGGAUUUACUCUGCCCUUGAAUCCCAACAGGAAGGCAAGUAUGAGAUAUCAGGGAUUUACUCUGCCCUAGAAUCCCAACAGGAAGGCAAGUAUGAAAUACCAGGGAUUUACUCUGCCCUUGAAUCCCAACAGGAAGGCAAGUAUGAGAUACCAGGGAUUUACUCUGCCCUGGAAUCCCAACAGGAAGGCAAGUAUGAAAUACCAGGGAUUUACUCUGCCCUAGAAUCCCAACAGGAAGGCAAGUAUGAGAUACCAGGGAUUUACUCUGCCCUAGAAUCCCAACAGGAAGGCAAGUAUGAGAUACCAGGGAUUUACUCUGCCCUUGAAUCCCAACAGGAAGACAAGUAUGAAAUACCAGGGAUUUACUGUGCCCUAGAAUCCCAACAGGAAGGCAAGUAUGAGAUACCAGGGAUUUACUCUGCCCUUGAAUCCAAACAGGAAGGCAAGCUUGAGAUACCAGGGAUUUACUCUGCCCUAGAAUCCCAACAGGAAGGCAAGUAUGAAAUACCAGGGAUUUACUCUGCCCUAGAAUCCCAACAGGAAGGCAAGUAUGAGAUACCAGGGAUUUACUCUGCCCUAGAAUCCCAACAGGAAGGCAAGCUUGAGAUACCAGGGAUUUACUCUGCCCUUGAAUCCCAACAGGAAGGCAAGUAUGAAAUACCAGGGAUUUACUCUGCCCUAGAAUCCCAACAGGAAGGCAAGUAUGAAAUACCAGGGAUUUACUCUGCCCUAGAAUCCCAACAGGAAGGCAAGUAUGAAAUACCAGGGAUUUACUCUGCCCUAGAAUCCCAACAGGAAGGCAAGUAUGAGAUACCAGGGAUUUACUCUGCCCUAGAAUCCCAACAGGAAAGCAAGUAUGAAAUACCAGGGAUUUACUCUGCCCUAGAAUCCCAACAGGAAGGCAAGUAUGAAAUACCAGGGAUUUACUCUGCCCUAGAAUCCCAACAGGAAGGCAAGUAUGAAAUACCAGGGAUUUACUCUGCCCUUGUAUCCCAACAGGAAGGCAAGUAUGAGAUACCAGGGAUUUACUCUGCCCUAGAAUCCCAACAGGAAGGCAAGUAUGAAAUACCAGGGAUUUACUCUGCCCUAGAAUCCCAACAGGAAGGCAAGUACGAAAUACCAGGGAUUUACUCUGCCCUAGAAUCCCAACAGGAAGGCAAGUAUGAAAUACCAGGGAUUUACUCUGCCCUAGAAUCCCAACAGGAAGGCAAGUAUGAAAUACCAGGGAUUUACUGUGCCCUAGAACCCCAACAGGAAGACAAGCAUGGAGUACGGGGAUCUAUUCAGCCCUGGAGUCCCAGAGAGCUGAGGGUCAACAUCCGGCCACAUGAAGAGCUGAGGGUCAACAUCCGGCCACAUGAAGAGCUGAGGGUCAACAUCCGGCCACAUGUAGAGCUGGGGGUCAACAUCCGGUCACAUGAAGAGCUGAGGGUCAACAUCCGGCCACAUGAAGAGCUGAGGGUCAACAUCCGGCCACAUGAAGAGCUGAGGGUCAACAUCCGGCCACAUGAAGAGCUGAGGGUCAACAUCCGGCCACAUGAAGAGCUGAGGGUCAACAUCCGGCCACAUGAAGAGCUGAGGGUCAACAUCCGGCCACAUGAAGAGCUGAGGGUCAACAUCCGGCCACAUCUGAGGGUCAACAUCCGGCCACAUGAAGAGCUGAGGGUCAACAUCCGGCCACAUGAAGAGCUGAGGGUCAACAUCCGGCCACAUGUAGAGCUGGGGGUCAACAUCCGGUCACAUGAAGAGCUGAGGGUCAACGUCCGGUCAUAUAAAGAGCUAAGGGUAAACAUCCGGUCAAGAGAAGAGCUGAGGGUCAAUAUCCGGUCAUAUAAAGAGCUGAGGGUCAACAUCCGGUCACAUGUAGAGCUGAGGUUAACAUCCGGUCACAUGUAG